AUGAAUGAUCCAGGACAGAGACAUAGCGAUAAGAAAAAAGAUAAAAAGGAACAAGAGAAGAAACCUAAAAAGAAAAACUUCAUAAAAAGGGCUUUCCUGAGAGAGAAGGAUGACGAAGUAGAAGAUGUCACACAUGGCGUCAAAAAAGACAGAGAACAUGUUUUUAAAAGUUCUGAUCAGAAUCAUAACUUUUUCAAAGAUACUCCAGCCUAUCGUUGGUCCAUGAAUAUAAUGACUAAUAAGACUGUUAAAGCUCUGUCAACUGAGUUUUCACAAAAUAAGCGUGUUAAACCCCAGGAAUACUCAACGAAUGUUUAUAGUAGAAAUGAGACGAAGAAUAGAUAUAACGAUAUCCUUUGUAUGGACUCAACGAGAGUUGUUUUGAAAGGUCGUCCGCAAGAUGAAGAUUACAUACAUGCCAGCUGGAUGACAAUGCAAGAUGGACAAAAAUAUAUUUGUACACAGGGUCCCAUGUCUGAGACGUUAGAAGAUUUUUGGCAUAUGGUAUAUACAGAGAAGAGUUGUGUUAUUGUGAUGCUAUGUGGUCUGAUAGAAGCUAAUCUCGAGAAAUGCGCCAGAUAUUUUCCCAAAGUUAAAGGAAAAGUUGAAGAGUUUGGUCAAUAUCGAGUUUCUAUACGAGAUGUUAGGACAGAUCCCAUUGACGGUGUGCGUCAUCAAAUUCUAGAAUGUGAACUGAAUGGACAAAGUUUGUUGGUUCAUCAUCUUAUCCAUCCCAGUUGGCCUGAUCAUGUUGUACCUGAAAACGCCAGUGUUACCGUUAAUCUUUUCCUAUUAGCUAGAAAGCUGUCUGGAGGCAGACCAAUUACUGUUCACUGUUCAGCAGGUAUAGGUAGGACAGCAACUUUCGUAGGCUUGGAUUAUGCUUCCCAGAAAAUAAGAAAAGAUGAGAACUCCUCGAUGGUGGAAGUAUUACGCGAACUUCGAACUCAGCGUUUCCAUGCUAUCCAAUCACCUUUACAAUAUAUUUUUCUUCACGUUUGUAUUAUAGAGCUAUUUGCUUUGGAAGGUUUAGUGCCUAGAAAAGGAAAAUUCCAGGAAUACAUGGACCACUAUGACAAUACAAUGAAACGAUAUGCUGCACGCCAAGCUAAGAAUGAUCGAACGAGUGGUCAACCUGCUACGGCAGAAAACAAAUAG